AUGACUAUCUCCGCCGGAAAACCCGACUCCGGCGGCGAUUGCCGAGAUUGGGAAUCCGCUACAAGAACCGAAUUAGAGUCUCUCCGUAAUCGCGUCAAGGAAUUAGAGGCGGAAAAUGCUAAAUUGUUGACCCAGAUUUCAAGCUGCCAAUGCCAACAGAUGGAAGUGAAGCAUGAUGUGUCUGUGCUAGAUUCUGGCAGCUUAGUUAGGAGAAGGAGGAGAAGUAGAAAAGGAAAUGAUACUAUCUUACCGAGCCAUCUUAUCUCAAAGAGAUUUAUUGCUCUAAAAAUCAUGUAUUUUGGUAAGAGAUUUUAUGGCUUUUCAGCUGAAGCACAAAUGGAACCAAGUAUUGAGUCAGAAUUUUUUAAAGCACUUGAAAGGACACGGCUUUUAGUUGGUGACAAGAAGGAUUGUUCGUACUCGAGAUGCGGGAGAACUGAUAGAGGUGUUUCGUCGACAGGGCAGGUGAUUGCUUUGUUUUUAAGAUCCAGACUGAAAGCACCUCCUGGAGACUCUGAAGCCCAUCUUGAUGGGAAAAUGGGCGAGAGAGAAUAUGACUAUGUAAGAGUGCUGAAUCGUGCUCUCCCUGAUGACAUCCGAGUUUUGGGAUGGUCUCCUGUUCCUAUUGACUUUCAUGCAAGAUUCAGUUGCUCUGCUAGAGAAUACAAAUAUUUCUUCUGGAGGCAAAACCUGGAUCUUUCGGCCAUGGACAUUGCUGGUAAGAAGUUUGUUGGGGAGCAUGAUUUCAGGAACUUUUGCAAGAUGGAUGCCGCAAACGUGCAUUGCUACACACGGCGUGUUACUUUCUUUGAAGUCUCUCCUUGUCAAAAUAGUCACGAGGGUGAUCAGCUUUGCACAUUCACAAUGAGAGGUAGUGCUUUUCUGUGGCACCAGAUCCGCGCCAUGGUCGCGGUACUAUUCAUGAUCGGACAGGGUGUUGAAUCGGCUGAUGUGAUAGAUACAUUGUUGGACAUCGAGAGAACGCCAAGAAAACCUCAAUACCUCUUGGCCUCAGAGAUACCCUUAGUCCUCCGCACAUGUGAAUACGAAAAUGUUGACUUCAUAUGUUCUCCAGGCGCUGCAGAGUCACUGCGGUCUCAUUUCAAGAAUGAGUCGCUUACAUACCAAUUAGAGUCUGUGAUUUUCCAGGAAGCUCUCCGUAACUGUGUACCUCUGGGUAAUGAGAAAAGCUCAUGCAAUGGCGUAGAAAAAAAGAAGAAAGCCGCAAUACAUGCUCCUUUAUUAUCUCGACCAACUGAGCCUUCGUAUGAAGAACGAAAUGCGAAGUUGAAAUCCAGAACACCGGAAACAUGUACUGUCUAG